AUGUCUACCAAAGUUGGUUGGCAAUUUGAAUGUUCUAACUCAAGUUGUUCACCACUGGCUGUUGUUAUUGUGUUGAAUAUCCGCCAAUGUCACAUGGCUUGUUUAGCUGAAGUCCAUUGUAAAGCAAUUAGUUUUCAUAAAUCAUCAUCUAAUUGUGAAUUAUUUGCUGAUAUAUCAAACCAAAAUGGCAAUCUGGUGAGCAACACGGACAUUAUUACUAUGAUUGUUAUGGAUGGAACAAGAAUUCCAGUCGAACCGACUACAACAUCAACCACAACGUCAUCAUCCACUUCAUCAUCAACAUCAUCCACAUCGUCGACAUCAACAACAACCUCAUCAUCAACAUCAUCCACAUCUUCAACAACAUCAACAACAACAACCACAACUACUACUUCAUCAUCAACAACAACAACAUCAACCACUUCAUUAUCAACUUCAUCAUCAACAUCAUCAACAACAUCGUCAUCAACAUCGUCCACUUCGUCAACAACAUCAACAACAACAACAAAAACUACUACUUCAUCAUCAACAUCAUCCACAUCGUCAACAACAUCAACAACAUCAGUAACAACAACAACAGCCGCCUGCAGUAUGUUUCUUAAUCAAACUACUUACUCAGUUGGUAGUGUUCCAAGAUCAGUAGCAGUCGUCGACGUGAAUAGCGACAAUAAAACCGAUAUUGUUGUUGCAAACUAUGGCGAUAGCACCGUCGGUGUUCUUCUCAACACAGGCAGCGGCACCUUUAAUGCUCAAACGACUUACCCAGUUGGUAGUAGUCCAAGAUCAGUAGCAGUCGUCGAUGUGAAUAGCGAUAAUAAGCCCGAUAUUGUUGUUACAAGCAUUGGUUCGAGCACCGUCGGUGUUCUUCUCAACGUAGGCAGCGGCACCUUUAGUACUCAAACUACUUACUCAGUUGGUAAUGGCCCAUAUUCAGUAGCAGUCGUCGAUGUGAAUGGCGACAACAAACCCGAUAUUGUUGUUGCAAACUAUGGUUCGAACAAUGUCGGUGUUCUUCUCAACACUGGCAGCGGCACCUUUAAUGCUCAAACCACUUAUUCAGUUGGUACUUAUCCACAAUCAGUAGCAGUCGUCGAUGUGAAUAGCGAUAAUAAACCCGAUAUUGUUGUUGCAAACUAUAUUGUAGCGGGCACCGUCAGUGUUCUCUUGCAUUGUUAA